CUUGAAACGGGAAGUUCCGAGUAGGGGAGAGAGGACCGAGAUGGCUUCUGCAGACUUCGUCGAGGAAUUAACGUGUUCCGUUUGUCUGGAGGUGUUCACCGAGCCGGUCUCCCUGGAGUGCGGACAUAAUUUUUGCAGAGCGUGCAUCUCUGAAGUUUGGGAGAAAGUUUCGGGGGAUGUCUCCUGCCCCCAGUGCCGGCAGGUUUUCGUCCAGAGGUACACCAGGCCCGCUUAUAUCCUGAGCAACAUCGCAGAGCAGGUCAGGCAGCUGAGGGUGGGGACGGCCGAGCGGACGGAGGAGUUUGUCUGCCGGGAGCACAACGAGAAGCUGAAACUGUUCUGCCUGGUGGAGCAGGAGAUGAUCUGCCUGGUGUGUGGCCUGUCGGCGCAGCACAAGAUGCACAAUGUCAUCCCGAUAAAGGAGGCAGCCCAGGCGCUCAAGGAAAAGUUGGAAGAGUCACUGAAGUUUCUAAAAGAGCAAAUGAACCAGAGUGUUUGGAAUAAGCAGGAAGGGGAGGCUGCGAUCCGGCGGCUGAAGGACCAGGUGGAUGGACAGAGCUGUGAGAUCAGGGCUGAAUUUGAGAAGAUGCACCAGUUCCUGCGUGAGAAGCAACAGCAGAUGGAAACAGAGCUGCGGAGAGAAGCGGACAAAAUCCAGACACAACUGGAAAAGAAUUUAAAGAGAACCGUCGACGAAAUCUCUUCCCUUGAAGAAGUGAUACAAGGUGUAAAAGUGCGAUUGGGAAUUCAAGAUCCCCAAGGGCUCCUCAAGGAUAUUCAAGCCCUUUUGAAGAGGUGUGAGUUGCCGGUUUCCCGUCCUGGAGUGGUGUCUGUCGAUCUUCCUGAGGAUGUGGCUGAAGGAAGGUUGAGGUAUCUCAAAGUGUGGAAGGAAAUGAGAGCCGUGGUUUCACCAGUGCCAGAGCGGCUGACGCUGGACCCAGAUACAGCUGCCAAUCAGCUCGUCCUCUCUCAGGAUCUGAUGAGUGUGAAGUACACAGAGAGCGGACAAAAUCUUCGGUAUCACCCGAGAAGAUUUGAGAAAAUAUUAAAUGUUUUGAGUUCACAGGGUUUUACAUCUGGGAGGCACUACUGGGAGGUGUAUGUUGGAUAUAAGACUGAGUGGGUUGUGGGUGUCUGCAGAGAGUCUGUAAGCAGGGAUAGAGAUCACACCACCACACCAGCAGAGGGAUACUGGGUCAUUUAUGUCUUUUCUAAUUUAAUUAAGAUGGGAAAUGUCAUCUCUCCUCUGGAAAUUAAACUCCGAAAACUGGGGGUUUACCUGGAUUACGAGCGGGGCCAAGUGUCAUUUUACAAUGCUGACAACAUGUGUCAUCUCCUCACUUACACAGACAGUUUCACUGAGAAACUUCAUCUCAUCUUAAACCCAUGUGAUUGUGAGACAGGUGACAACUCUGAACCACUCACUCUGCUCACAACGCACCUGUUGAAAAACAGACAUCCGACAUCUCCACUGGACUUUCCACCACUCACCAUAAACAGAUGUCCUCUGAUACUAGUCAUUGCCGCCCCAGGGAAAAAGGACCGGGAUGUUACUGUGCAGAAAACAGACAGCCUCUGGGCAGCAGGACCCUACAGAAUGCAGUGUGGGUAUGACCAGCAUGGUGUCGGGAACUCCUCGCCCUCAUCAGCAGACGGUACAAAGACUGAAAGCAUGUACCGCCAGGCUUCAGGACAGCUUCUCUGCCGCAGUGAAAAGAUCAAUAACGGGCUCGCAGCUAUGAGAAGAUUCACGAUAUUACACUUUAUUCUGCAUUCUGUUAUACCUCUAUACACGGUGAGAUUGUCUGAUCUGUGUGAAGAGUCUGCAAGACAGGCUCGGGACUUGUGGCAAAAGAAACCAACAGCAAUUCCACGUCUGCGGCCUCUGAGAGGACCCACGGGGUCAAAACAGGAAGUCGGACUCUUUCGCUCAGAGUUGAAAGUGAAAGUUCCGAGUGGGGGAGAGAGGACCGAGAUGGCUUCUGCAAACCUUGUCCAGGAAUUAACGUGUCCCAUUUGUCUGGAGGUGUUCGCCGAUCCGGUCUUCCUGGAGUGCGGACAUCACUUCUGCGGAGCGUGUAUCUCUCAGGUUUGGGGGAGGGUCUCGGGGGAUGUCUCCUGUCCCCAGUGCCGGCAGGUUUUCGUCCAGAGGAACACCAGGCCCGCUCACAUCCUGAGCAACGUCGCAGAGCAGGUCAGGCAGCUGAGGGUGACGGCCGAGCGGACGGAGGAGUUUGUCUGCCGGGAGCACGACGAGAAGCUGAAACUGUUCUGCCUGGUGGAGCAGGAGAUGAUCUGCCUGGUGUGUGGCCUGUCGGCGCAGCACAAGAUGCACAAUGUCAUCCCGAUAAAGGAGGCAGCCCAGGCGCUCAAGGAAAAGUUGGAAGAGUCACUGAAGCUUCUGAAAGAGCAAAUGAACCAGAGUGUUCAGAAUAAGCAGGAAGGGGAGGCUGCAAUCCGGGGGCUGAAGGACCAGGUGGAUGGACGGAGCUGUGAGAUCAGGGCUGAAUUUGAGAAGAUGCACCAGUUCCUGCGUGAGAAGCAACAGCAGAUGGAAGCAGAGCUGCAGAGAGAAGCGGACAAAAUCCUAACACAACUGGAAAACAAUUUAAAGAGAAUAGUCGACGAAAUCUCUUCCAUUGAAGGAGUGAUACAAGGUGUAAAAGCGAGAUUAGAAAUUCACGAUCCCCAUGGGCUCCUCAAGGAUAUUCAAGCCCUUUUGAAAAGGUGUGAGUUGCCGGUUUCCCAUCCUGGAGUGGUGUCUGUCGAUCUUCCUGAGGAUGUGGCUGAAGGAAGGUUGAGGUAUCUCAAAGUGUGGAAGGAAAUGAGAGCCGUGGUUUCACCAGUGCCAGAGCGGCUGACGCUGGACCCGGAUACAGCUGCCAAUCGGCUCGUCCUCUCUCAGGAUCUGAUGAGUGUGAAGUACAUGAUCAGGAAUCAAAAUCUUCAGGAUCACCCGAAAAGAUUCCUAAGAGAAUUUUGUGUUUUGAGUUCACAGAAUUUCAUGUCUGGGAGGCAGUACUGGGAGGUGUAUGUUGGAAAUAAGACUAGCUGGAUUGUGGGUGUCUGCAGAGAGUCUGUAAGCAGGGAUAGAAACAUUUCCUACACACUGGAAGAGGGAUACUGGGUUCUUCAUGUCUGUUCUAAUUCAGUGAUGAUACCAAAGGUCAACUCCCAGCUGGAAAUAAAACUACGAAAACUGGGGGUUUACCUGGAUUACGAGCGGGGUCAAGUGUCAUUUUACAAUGCUGACAACAUGUGUCACAUCCACACUUACACAGACAGUUUCACUGAGAAGCUUCAUCUCAUCUUAAACCCAUGUAAUAACAACACAGGUGACAACUCUGAACCACUCACUCUGCUCACAACGUAACACAGUGGGACACGUUCUCCGAGGUCUCAGAUUUCUCUGGACCCACUGAGCAGAUCUCACUGCACCGAUUCUCUGAAAUACAUCCAGAAAAAGCCGGAGCACUCAGCAGUGGGGAAACAUGGUUUAUAUUUCAGGUCCAGACCACCAUGUGAGAACUGACUCUCUGCCAUUGCUACUGACAGGUGAGGAUGUUUAUAUUGACGUCUAAUCUGUAGAUUUGACUCAGUGUCUCCUUCCCAGCUCUGUCACACUCUCUCUCCUACCGACUGCAGACCAGGCGCACGUGGUGUUAGAAUACAGUGAAGUGGACUGUUCCCAGGAAUUGUGAUAUCUGAACCUUGCAAUCAGAAUGAAUAUGUGCAGAUAUUCUCUGUGUCAUAAACACUUAACCUGCACAGUGAACUAACAGUGUGUCUGAGCUGGUAACUUUGGGGAAACAGGGAAUGGAAUGGGAACAAAAUGGGAGAUGGCUACUCGGGUUCCGUGCUGGAGGGAGAGCGGGGAGUCAUUGCUUCUCAGUUUUUGGGGAUAUUGCAGCCUCGCUCUGUAAGAGACAUGCUCUCGAUCCUGCGCGUCUAUGAAAAGCAGAGGGGCUGGUCCAAUUAAACAGUGCACUCUUUAAUUCCCGGAGAAGGCAAUGUGGAUCUCAGAAAGUCAGUUUAAAUUGGGUUUAAUGAUCAUUGAUUACCUCAGCAUGCUGUAUAGGAAGAAACGUAAUGGGAACCAGUCCCGGUGUAUGAAGACUACUUUUCUCAAAGUCAAGGUGAAGUUUAUUGUCUCAUGCACAAGUACAUGUCUGCACAGGGUCAAUGAAAACCCUGCAGGUGCAUCACAGGCACACGGCAUCACAGAAACGGCUUUCACAAGAAAAGAACAUUUACAGGAAAGAAUACAAUAUGAAGACAAGAAAAGCAAAGUCCAUUUUAGUGUUAAUUGAUCAGAGGAGUCAGGUUUUGCUAAUCUGGAGUGAUUAGUGUUUUGCAGGUUGGUUUAACAACUGACUGGUUGAAGGGAAGUAACUGUUCUUGUAUCUGGUGGUGUGGGACUUCAGGUCUCUGUACCUUCUGUCUGAUGGUGGCUGUGAGAAGAUGACUUGGCCUGGACAAGGAUCUUCAAUGCUAGAUGUUGCUUUCUUGAGGCAGUGCCUCAUGUAAAUACUUCCAAAGGUGGGUGGGGUGGGGUAUGCUAGUGAUGCAUCUUUUUACACUCCUGUAUGUUCGCUUAUUUCUACCAGACCAUAAUGCAACCAGUCAGGACACUUUCAAUAGGACUUUUGUAGAACAUUGUUAAAGUGUUUGGUGACGCUGAAGCUCUAAAUAAAGUAAAGACAAU